AUGGCGUCCACACCUCAAUGGUCAUUGACCGAGCACCUCCUCGAGUCCAACCCAGAGGCUUACAAAGCAGCAACGCAAUCGCCCUUCCUCCUCGCCGCAGCCGAGGGCCGACUACCCAAGAACAUUCUGGGACGGUGGCUGGCCAACGACAAGCUCUACAUCCAGGGCUACAUCAAAGCGGUCGGACGCACGCUCGACGCCGUCGACCUGCCACAGACGACAACAACAACAACAACGAGGACGACUACGAUGAUAGAACAGCAACCUGGUCCAGAGGUGGAGUUUGUAAACUGGAUCUCGGACGCCCUCGCCGGCCUCUGCCGCGAACAGGGCAUGUUUGUCGACGUCGCCGGCCGCUACGGGCUGGACAUGACGCUCGAGACCGGGUCAGACGGCAGGGUCAGCGAGUCGGCCAAGCUGCCCGGGCUGGUGCAGUUCGAGGCAUUGUUUGCAUCGCUGUUCCCCCGCGGCUGGCACGGCACCGCCGAGAUGGAGAGACAACGGCAGCAGAACCAAAAGCAAACGCAAGCAUUGCCGUGGCUCGAGGCCGCGGUGGUACUCUGGGGAACGGAGCGGGUCUACCUGGACGCGUGGAGCUGGGCAAAGUCUCGGCAAAACAUCAGGUCCUCCUCUACCGACGCGGGCGAGGACCAGGACGGAGGCGCGGUCAAGAAGGAAUUCAUCCCCAACUGGACCAGUCUAGAGUUUUCGGCAUUUGUGGCAAGGCUGGGAGGGGUGUUGGAUAGAGCAGUUGCGAGGGAAGGGGAUGACGAGGCAGUUCGGCAACAGAUUGCCGAGAGGGCCAUGAACAAGUGGGACGAGCUGGUUGCUGCCGAAACUGCCUUUUGGCCCGUGUUGGACUCUUGA